AUGCAAGGCAGUAAACGCAGCAUUUUCAAUUCCAAACUCCGUUUUCUGUCAUCACGCAACAACAGCACUGCCACAGUCAAUCACGAUCGAGACUCGACAACGACAUUGGAUUAUGCUGAUAGUACCUGGCAACAAGAGGAUACAGCGUUGACGCCGAUAUUGGCCAAAUACAAGCAGCAGUUGGAUCGUAUUCACAGUAUCUUGGAUACCAUGCAUGAUGUACGGCGACAGGAAGAAUCGAUCGUUGGUCGUCUAUGGAAGUGGGAACCAAUCAUGACAACGUUAAAGGGAAAGUGUGGCGAUGGAAAUGAGGUCAUGUUCGAACACGAGGGCCAUCAUGUCACUUUUCAAUCCGCUGAGAGCCGCCAGCUUAACGACGUUAUGCAAUGUUUACGCAGCGAUAUCAACACCAAUUUGUAUCGAUUAUUGUUUGAAGCACGAAUGACACGCGUAGCAACACAAACGUUGAUUGACGAUACCCUUUGGACUAUUCAUCAUCGAUCAAGUGCAACCAACAACAGCAGCACCACGACGCAAAAAGAUUUAUCGUCAUUGCGACAAAUGCUUGGAUCCCUUUUUGCAGCAGUUGAGCAACUUGACUACCGUCACCAUGACGAAGAGGAAGUGGAGGAGGAUGAGCAAGAGAUUGCAUCACAAGAGGUGUCUGCAUUUGUCAAAGACGUACGCACGUGGAUCAUUCAUGUAUCGAGCAUAUACCUUGGUUUGGCGCCACUUGCAGAUCGUGGAGUAUUGUUGGCGCAUUUAUUGCACAUGAGAGGAGGGAUACAAUGGGCCAUGCCACUUGUCCAGUACACGUAUGAACCAAGCAAUGACAAUGACCGAUCUUUGUUUAUGCAAGAGUACAUUGGCGCGCUUCGACUAUUAUUGGAUCCAGCUAUGCACCAUGACCCACCACCUUGGAUCGAAGAUGAUUAUCUUGCAUGCAUAGAUCAGCUCGCCAUUGUGCAUGUAUACGAUUGCAUUCUUUCAGACAUUUUUCGCAAGCCAUCCAUACAUGCUGAUUCCAAGGGUCUAGAGCGGUUGUUUACGUUUUCAGAGGAGCUUACAACAGUGCUCAAUACGGGGAUUCAGGCAUUUGCAAACAAGAACCAUACCAACCUCAUCAAAAGAUUGGCACAAUGCGUAUGUCGGAUAUCACAGAAAUUGGCUAGUCGAUUGCAAGGUCAAGAGCACAUGGAUAAGUUUAUGGUCAAGGUGGUGGAUGGAUUUCUCGCUAUUCAGGAUCCGAGCGUAUGGCAGUUUUUGCCGACACUUCCGUAUCAUGCAGUAUCGAUUGAGACAUUAUGCAAGAUUGCAAAGCACGUAUUGGAUAUCCGGGAAUACGACAUGUCACGGGAUUACAAGCAUAUCUUUCAUCACCUACCUGAUAUCACUCAACUCCUCAGCUUCCUUGCCAACAAUCACGUGCAGGGCAUCUUUCUAUUGGGUUGUUUGUGCAGCAUCAUUGUUGCCAUCCCACGUGAUGCUACGCGUAGCACUGAUACGCCAUUACCGAUUUGUUUGAUCACCGUCAUUGCGCAUGCUUUAUUCACUGUGGCCUUUCUCGAUACCAGUAUACGCGACAUGUAUUAUAAGGAUGUUCGAGACAACUUUGGUACUAUUUGUUCUUAUCACCCAUUCACUAUAUCCUUAUUAUUGCGAUGGACUACGGCACAUUUUACUGAGAUGGAGGGCAACAUGGCUAUGUAUCUGUUUCGAUCAUUACCCAUCCACCACUGGAAAGUACUCAAAGAGGAUCUCGUCAGCUUGCAUGAGUUAUUAUGUGGCAACAAGGAGCAGCAUGGGGAUAAGAGUACACAUACACCACAAGCCAUGUUUGCACGUUUUGUGUUUGAGCAUAUAAAUUUGGAUUAUGGAGAUGAGGAGGAUGGGACACUCUCAAAGUCACAGCCAUGGCACAGUCGACGGAUCCCAUUUCAACCAUACGAGAUCCAUGAGGAGUUGGCAUUUCUGCUACUUGAUGCAUGCCAGGUAUUCCAUCCACUCCCCGACUCUGACCACAAAAACGAUCAUCUCAUCAAGACUGUUGGUGUUGCAGUGUCCUCGUAUUUGCCAUCCAUGGGUUCCAGGGCAACAUUUUCUUCAGCAUCACCAUCAAACAAUGACAACAUUAUUGAAUGGGCUUGGAGGAUGGCAAUGAAACUCAAGCUUUAUGAUUGUCCUAUCUCAUCACGUGCUUCGGAUAUUGAUGCAUCCAUCACUGGGGUGUUCUUGCGAGAGAUGCUGCAUACAAACAAUGACAUCACGGCUUCGCAUGCUGCAUUGGUGGUGUAUGUAGCCUUAUUGCUAUCAGCGACGAGUCGACAUUUUUUACGUUUCGAAUGUGGCAGUGGAUGGGACAAGAUGCUACUAGUAUUACGUCGUAGUGGAAAGCCCGAAUCAGUGGUGUAUGCGUUAUCUGAUAUUAUACCCGCCUUUGUAUACAUGCAUGGAGAUGAUUUGUUCAAUGACAGCAACCUCUACAACUUUACACGUCAAAUGCUCGACUUCAAAUCAGACCCGAUGCUUGCCACUCACACCAGUGCAUUGAUACAAAAGACCACGCAUGACCCGUUGUUCUUGGAAGGAUUGAAUGGAGUGAGCAUGAUGGUGGCUACACAUAUCUGGCAAGGUACCUUCAUUGAUUCGACUGUCAUGAGUGAGUUUGCAUCAGAGGAUGGUGGUGGUGGAUUCUCGUAUCGUGACCUAAUUCUCCAUUCGUGGCUCAAGACCAUGUUUCAAAGACAUGAUUGGAUGUGGAACGAGCACCAUGUCGCUAUUAUGGAUUAUAUAUGCAAGGUUGCCUUUUCUUUACAACGCCAUGAUUUGGUGGAGAUGAUGCUAGGCGAGGAACACAAACGAUUAUUGGCAGCACAACGACAAAAGCCUCGUAAAUCAACGUCGACACCAACACCACGUUCACCAAAAAAGCAAGAACAACAGCAAAAUCGUAACCCACUUCGCAUGAUCAAGAACAUCCUUCCAGAUACAGCAUACUCGAGUUUGUUGGCGGGCGAAUGGUCACUCACUUCAAUUACCACCACCAAUUUAUUUCGUGCACCAGGCGUGGAACAACACUAUCUAUGGUUUGCUUUUCAUGUAUUGAUGCUCGAGACUGUUCAAGAUCAAGGAUUACGACGAUUUUUUGGACGCCAAUGCUGUAUGCAAGAAUCAGAAGACGUUGAUGUAUCAGCCAUGUUCAAGGAUAUCAGUGAUGCCAAGCCUGUGGAAUUCCUAUCACCUUAUCGAUGGCUCCAGCAUGUGUUGAUUUGUCCACCUGAUCAUCCAUUGAUGCCACUCUUCCUGCAAUCCUUCUUUAGCCUAUACUAUGCCAGCAUUGAAGUGGAUGGCAAGCGUGUCUUUUAUGGUGCAAUGUUGUUUUCCAGGAAGCAGGAGUUGAUUGAAAGAUUACGUGAUCGUAUUGCGUUUUUGCAAACUUUCCAUGGGCAACGAAGAUCGUCCGCUGGUGACCAUAGCAACGACCAUCAUGAGACAAUGCGACAAACGUAUUAUGCCAUGUGGCUAUGGCUCGAUCGGGAUGCUGAUAUACUAUCAACUACGUUUGACACAUCGACAUUGCCAACUCAUUAUUGUCCAGAACGUCUUGCAUCAUGUCGACAAUUCUCGACGGAUAAUGCCCCGAAGGAUGAUGAAAAGGAUUGGGAACCUGAGCAACCUUGGCACAAGUGGAGUAAUUUAUGGUUGGAUCUCGUGGAUGUGGAUAGCAUGGAAAAAGCAUUCAAAGACUUUCCUUGGCCAGGCACAGAAAAGUAUUAUGUUGAACAUCCAGCAUUUCCACCUCGACCUGGCAUGGGUGACGACAACAACAGCAGCAGCAGCCAUAGAGGAAAGCAAAGCGUGGCACAUCACAAUGCCGACAAUAUUAUCAAGGCUGCUCCUGAAUAUCAACCCAAGAAGCCUGCACAGCGAUUGACGUCCACCGAGUUACUAUCUGCAACAGCUGAAUCGCUUAUUGGAACCACCAUCCGUACUAUGGGUCAACAUGCUGAGAAAUUUUAUGGGCAUUUGGAACGACAACGGAUAUUGGAUGCGGAUUACAUUGACAAGGUCAGCAACUUGUAUACCAACACGACACAAACAGAGCAUGUGGAAGCCAAAUGUGCACGAGCAGAUAGCAACCAUAAUGACAAUUGUUCUCGACCGGCCUCUUGGGAUGUGGAUGCAAGUCGCGUUGAGACUGAUAAGGCGAUCGAGCGUGCAUUGAAAGAAAAUAGGCAGGAGUCCGAUCAGCUUGUGUUUCGAUCUGUUGAUGCGACCGUGUGUAUCCAGGCGUUGAUCACGUUCCACAAGUUUGAUGCCAUUGUUGAACAAGCCAAACAAAAAGCCAACAAACGACCCAACAAUGCACUCAUUCAUCUUGGCUGGUCAUGUCUUGCUUAUGUUCUUGAUCAUCUCACUCACGAGACCCGUGAUUAUCCGCCAUUUCGAACCGUUGUCCAUCAUAUGAGCAAGUUGCUUGGAGAAGCAGUAGCUGAUGAGCCGCAAUACAUUGAUCGAUUUUUCUCACUCGUUGACAAUGAUAAGGAUCGAGUGCUUUUGGUUUAUCCUGCAUUUCGUCCUCAUGCAGACAACAAACGUCUUGUUGCAACAUUUGAUCGUGUGCGGCCAUUGAAUUCACCAGGGCAACUCAAACUCUUGCCAUUGUUCGAUAUGGUGGCAUGGAGUACGACAUCGUAUGCAACAGAGUCAAUGCGUCAACAAUUUUAUACCAAAGCAUUCAAUAGCUUGCAACAAGCGGUGGCUCAAGGUGAUGAACAGCUAUGCAAAAAGUACACGGACAUGGUACUUGCGUUGAUGAUGCAGCAUAUUGGUACAAGGAAGCAGAAACGACCUGAGCAAAUCAAGGUGCUGGAUGGGAUCCUUAACCUAUUGGCCGAUUCACGUGAUAGUGCUUGCGAUGCACGUAUUAUGCUGAUGGAUACAUUCACUACACAACUUGGUGGCAAACCAUCUGAAGCCAUGGAUACAUUGCAAAGCAAGAGUGGAUCCUUUGAUGGUGCUCUUCAUGAGUUGACUCGUGAUGGUGUGAUCUCUUGUCUUGAUUUUUUGGGUGAAUCUUUCAUGAGUACCAAGCAUUUAUUCUCAACUUAUGGUGAUGCAAGCCCUGCUUUGUGUCGUCUACUUGUCUGCCUAUUGAACGACAAUCGAUUGAUACAACAAGAGACGCGUGAUGAUACGACGCUUUUUAUGUGGAGGUACUUGGGCCAAUGUUUUCAUCCAUGGUGGCGACAAGAUUACAAUGAUUGCAACGACCUCGAAUUUACAACGCACACAGGGCUCUUUUUGCGAGCGUAUCAUGAUACACUUUUGAAUUUCAUGCAUGACAACCUCAUUGACAAUGCACAGCUUCUUGGAUGGCUAUUUGCAUACUAUCAUGAGAAGCUACUUUUACGUGAGCAACAUGGCGAUGGGGGAUGGCUUGAACGAUUUGGCAACACGAUUAGCGAUCUUUCAUGGAAGCAUAUGGAUAUCAAUACCAAGGUGUUACAACGUAUACGACAAACGUGGGCAUUGGUGCGCAACAAUAGGCGUAAACGUAUCGCGUACCUGCAUUUCAUUUGGCACGUGCUUUCACCGUGGAUCACAUCAAGGCCUGUAGCACAUGAUACACAGCAACGUUUACAUCAUGUCGAGAUGGCUUUUAUAUUUGUAAAAGACGCUGAUGCAAUCUGGUCUGACGAUGGCGAACGCUUGGAAAGUUUGGAUCGCACAUGGCGAUCAUUGGGGGCACGAUAUCCUGAAUUAUCAACACAAUCGAUUGCAACAUUGACAGCGGAGUUCAAGGACGACUGGCAUGGUACAAUGCAACCACUUGAAGCUGACAAGGUUACGGGGAUGGCAUUAGCAAUUGCAUGGGUGCGAAAUAUGACUCGAUUCAGCAAGCCCAAUAUUCCCAUGCGGCAACGUCGUAUCUUUGUUGACUUUGUGAUGGCACUAUUGGCAGCAUCCAAUGACAAUGAUAGCGAUGAUGGUCUAAGGAUUAGACACGAAUGGGUACAACACUUGUAUGAAGUCAUUGAUGCUCAUGCACCUGAGGAUGCUCGUGGUAUGGAAUUCGAUGAGAUGGUCCUUGUUCUCAGUAAUCUGGCUCAUGAUCUUGAUGGCUCCAUCACAUCCAAGACAAAUCGCCCUUGUACACUUGUCGCCCUUUUUGCUGCUUUUGCUCGUUCAGGCACCAUCACCAAGGAAAGUACACAAGCUAUGGAGGAAUGUAUCGAGCAACAUUUACGCGUAUUUUCAACAUCACCGUCAUGGCAACGACUUGGUGAACUACUUGCUUCAACCAAUGCGGACUACAGCCUUUUGCUUCAGCAUAGUCUAGACAAUGGGUGCAUGUUGAUGGUGUGUGUAUACAUUCAAGCCAAGGAAAGAACGGAUCCACUUGCAAGUCUUGCCGAAGAAGCUGCCGCCAUCAUUUCUAUUGCCAAACCCAAUCGAAAGACGGUGCACCUUGUACGCAUGUUUGCGACUCUAUUUCAACAAGCACGUGAUCAGGAGCAAAGAUUACUGGCUAGUAUUGUGUCAUUGUCACGCACAGCAUCAAGAUGGAAAGCACAGGCCAUGGGGGAAGAUUGGCAUGUUUUUGCAGUGUUGUUGGAUAGCUUUAUUGGAUCACGAUUGCAAGCUCGUGGCGUGCUCAGCCCAAUACCAUCACCCUCACCAUCAGCUGACGGUUGGAUCACCCCAUUGGAAAAGAUGAAAAAGGAUAAAAGAUACAAGCCAUAUGCUGAUUCAGUGAAUCAAGGGAUCGAAACAGUCAAGGAUCAUGAUCGCUGGACGAUCUGGGACCUGGAGCAAGCAAUUGACCAAUUUGGACAAGUCUUGGAGCAAAACAAAUGA